AUGAAACAGAUAAAAUGCCUGAUAAGCUUUCUGGAAUCCAGCUCUAAUGUUUGCCUACUCUUGUGGAUGACUCUAUGUGUGGUGAUCUAUGCCUACCUGCCGAAUAUGCCUCAAAUUGUGCCCCAACCUGAGAUCGCAGUGGAUCCGAACAUGCCGUACACCCUCGUGUGCGCCCCAUACCCAGGCGCUUAUCAUGACAGGCGUUCAGCGAUACGGCAAACUUGGGGUCAUGUGGCGACCAAUUCAAACUCUCAAUCCUCACUUCGUCUCCUCUUUCUCUUCGGCACUGUUGCGGAUGACGAGCUGCAGUCGUCGCUGCUGGCGGAGCACGAGCAGCACAACGACUUGCUGCAGGGCAAUUUCUUGGAUGGCUACUACAAUCUAACCUACAAGCAUGUAAUGGCCCUCAAGUGGUUUCACACUCGCUGCGAUCAGGCGCCGCUGUUGGUUAAAGUGGAUGAUGACAUCUUUCUCAAUACGCUGCAGCUGCAGCAUCACCUGAGCCACCCAUCCUCAACCUGGAAUCCUCUCUCCGCUCUUCAUUCUCAGCGGCAGCUGCUGCUGUGCGCCAUCAACAAGAAGGAUCGAGUAGCACGUUCCUAUUCCUCCAAGUGGCGUGUCGGUUUCCGGGAAUACCCUCAUCGUUACUAUCCGCCCUUCUGUCCGGGCUUUGCAGUCUUCUACUCCUCGCAGGUGGCCAAGCGACUCUACUUUGCUGCUCAACGUAGCAACUUUUUUCGACUGGAUGAUGUCCUGAUCACUGGCAUUCUCUCCAAGCGCUGUAACAUUACUCUAACAGAUCUUACAUCUUAUGUGCUAUAUCCGAAUAAACUGAAGCUGCUGCUUAAGGGUCGCCUGGAACCAGAAGAGUAUCUAGUUUCCUGGCACAAAAUGUCGCCGCAGCAGAUUUUUCGACUGUGGCAGCUACAUGGGAUGGUGAAUACAACAAAUACAGUAAAAUAAUGACAUAAUAUAGCCUAAAAGAAGCUAAGCAACUUCUUGUGGGGCGAUAGAUCUCUCAGAUAAUGUACAUACAUAUA